UGACAUAGUGAAAUAUUGAAGCGUUCCAUGUAUAGAAGUGACGCAAAGAAAGUUGAUGAAAAUUGAAAGCGAGCCAAAUUGAUGUUCGAAUCGACACAGGAAACGGAUACAAUGCUGCUGGUGUUGAACAGUUGGAUCGGGCUCCUCCUUGGAGUUCUCUCGAUUUCAGCAUCGCUCGGUCUGAAACUCAAAACGGUACGUAUACCACCGUACAAGUUUCGCACUGAAUCCGCUCUCCUGGAAUGUCACUACGAGCUGAACGGUCAACGGAAAGGGCACAGUUCACUAGACGGCACUAAUCGACGACACCAUGCCUAUCAGAGUGACUAUCUAAGUGAACGUUACGAAGAGGAGGAAAAGCUCUACUCCAUCAAAUGGUACAAAGACAACGAGGAGUUCUAUCGUUACGUGCCGUCCGCUUCGCAACCGAUUAAGAGCUACAAAAUCGAGGGUAUCCGGGUUGAUCCGAACCAUUCUGACGGGACGAAGGUGUUGCUGCGUGGUUUAACACUCAAAUCCUCCGGUAUCUAUCGUUGUGAGAUCUCGGCGGAAGCGCCAAACUUUGAUUCGGUUCAAGGCGAAGGUCGGAUGGAUGUGAUAUAUGUUCCCAAAGACGGACCUCACAUAAGCGAUAAUGAAGUUAAAAGUUAUCAAAUAGGGGAAACGAUGGAGCUGAACUGCACUUCUGGCCGUUCCUAUCCAGCCUCAACGCUCCAGUGGUUCCUCAACGAUCUGCUCGUUACAGACCCGAACAACAUCAUUCACUACCCAUCGGUACAAAAUCAACAUGGGUUGAUUACCACCUUUCUUGGGCUGAGUAUGGUCGUCAACCAUCGGCACUACAUCGAUGGAAUGAUUCGGAUAAAGUGUGUGGCAAGCUUAUCGCCCGUCUUAUGGCGCGGCGGACAGGAGAGUAUCGUCCAGUGGGAGCAGCCGACGAUCGACAAUCGUGUUGCAAUGCUUUUGGUUAAAAGUUCUGGGAACUUGCAUAGCCAAAAUCGUUGCUUGUACAUCAUAUUAGUAAGUCUGUUACUUUAUCUACAAAGCGUUAUAAGUACACGAAUAGAAUAAAAGAGAGCGAAGAGUAAGGAUCAUAUUCACCGUGUACAUUCAAAUCAUGAU